AUGGCAGGAGGUGCAGUUCGAGACUUGCUUAUGAAUAUCAAACCGUCUGAUAUUGAUUUAGCAACCGAUGCUACUCCUGCGCAAAUGAAAGAUAUGUUUGAAAGGAACGGUGUACGCAUGUUCAACAAAAAUGGGGAAGGACAUGGUACGGUCUCUUGCAGGAUAGAUGAUAAAGAGAAUUUUGAAAUAACUACGCUGAGAGUUGAUGUAGUAUGCGAUGGUCGUAGAGCAAGGGUAGAAUUUACUACUGACUGGCAGAAAGAUGCAAAUAGACGUGAUUUAACAGUGAAUUCACUAUUCUUGGACUUUGAUGGCACCGUGAUAGAUUAUUUUGGUGGAAUCAAUGACUGGGGCUUUCCUGGUGAUUUCCAGUCAAAAAUUGCUCUUGAGGAGGACUACUUGAGGAUUUUGCGAUACUUCCGUUUUUUUGGGCGAAUUGCAAACCCUGGAGCACCUCAUGAAAAAGAGUGUAUAGAAGCAAUAGUUGCGAACCGAGCAGGCCUUUCUGAGAUCAGUGGCGAACGUAUAUGGAUGGAGUUAAAAAAACUCUGUGUAGGCAGACUGGCUGGUGAAGUCAUGACGGUAAUGCUUAAAGAGUGUGCUCUUGGUCCUUACUUAGGAAUUCCAUCGAGUAUUUCUCUGGAGGAUUUUAAAAAAAUUUUCAACUAUAAUUGCUCCCGUGGACUGUUGCCGAUUACCCUACUUAGUUCGCUUUUUAAGGACCUGAAAGACCUAGAAAGAUUUCAUAAGAGAUGUAAAUUGUCUAAAGUCGAAUAUGGUUUGGGCGAGUUUAUUAUUAGUUUUCGAGAAACAGUACCACAGGGGACUUGUUUAUUCAGUUAUUUGAGAAAUUUGCUGAUCAGUUUGGAACGAGCGCCGGAUCGAGGUAUUUGGGCCCAUAAUCUACGUUUUUUAAUUGACCUCUUUCCAGAUUCAAGGAAAUUAGACAAUCGUAUGCUAGUGACUGAAACAGCGAAAUAUUUUCUGGCACCUUCAGAUGUCGUCGAAAGCUUGUCAUCGUUGAUAAUACCGGAUUUCCCUGUUUGUGGAUCUGACCUCUUAAGGGCUGGGAUUACGGAAGGUCCAUUUAUGCGGGUUGUCUUAAAGCACUUAUUCGAGAUAUGGAAGUCGACCGGUUAUACAGCAACUAAAAGUGAGCUGCUCUGUCGGGCUAAUGAAGUUAAUCCGGAUUCUUCUGACGGCCAGCCAAGAAUUGUGAGAAAACGGAAGAGGCUUAAUACAUAA